AUCGUCGAGCACGAUAAGCCAGGCGAGGCUAUCAUCGACAAGGAGUUCACCUCACCUGAGAACGACAGGUUCGUUCUCCACGAUAGCAAAGGUUUCGAACCAGGGGAAGUAGAAAACCUCACAAUAAUCCAAAAAUUUAUCGAACGUCGGAGGAACAUGCCGGAUUUGAAAGAUCAGCUGCAUGCUGUUUGGCUUUGCUUUCAGAUACCCCAUGCAGGCGGACGUUCACUAGAGACAGGAACGGAGGAUUUCUUGAAAUCUAAACGUGAUGGAAGCCUGGGGGACGUUCCCGUUAUCGUCGUCCUUACUAAAUACGAUAUGCUCAUCGAACGCGUGGAGCGAACUGUAGAUGAAGCUUCUCUCGAUGAAUUGAGCGAUAAAGCUUUCGAAGAACUGGUCAAGAGCAAAGCAAAAGCAGAGGUGCAGGAUACCUGCAUCGGACCUCUAGAGGAAUUUUCAGGGUCUGAUAUCCCCCACGCCACGAUCUCCACCGCACUCACCCAUCUGAUUGAAAUAACUGAAAGUUGUGUCAAUCAGCAUCUUGCACCCGAGGCCGCGGUGAUGACCUCGGUCGCUCAGCGAGUGCAUCCUGGACUCAAAAUAGAUGCAUUAAUUAACAAAGCGCUUACAUCAUGCCCAAUGUUCAGGAACCACCAGAUGCAGGAUUGUCUACUCGUGCUUCAUACUGACAUCGUCAAUGUGUGGAACUUCCGUGACCCUCAUCAUUACUUGCACAGCCAAGAGUUCAAGGAUUUGAUGAUGGAAAUGGUCGAUAAGAUACAAGCUGGAUCUACAGCUAAUCCUAUCACGGUUUUAUCGGGACCUGCGGCUCCCAUCGUAGUACCAAUCGCAGCAGGCGCCGUGCUCGCUGUAUGGGUUCACGAAGUAUACAAAAUGUCGUACGUCCCACUAUUUUUUUCGUGUGUGAGAGGAUAUCGACACUUCUUUCUCAGCCACGUGGUGCUUCAGCGCUUCAUGGCCUACAUCAUGCACUUGACACUUGUGUUGCAGACACUUUUUAUCGUGUCAAAAAGCCAGGAACUCACUCGUAAGGCCAUCAAGCUCGCAGUCAAAUCCUACGUCGCCUCUCCAAUUAGCGAUGAUGUUCUUAUUCGGAUUCAGGAUUAUGUUGGGGGAUUGGCUGUCUUAGAACACGCGAAUAACGAUACCUUGGAUAAAAUCGAAGAGAUGAUGCAAUUUUACAAGAUCGAUGGGGCACAAAUCACCGAACUUGCAGCACAAAUGUCCAACCUUCAGACAAAUAUUUAUUUGUUACCAGACGAAGCAUGGUAAAUCGAGAAGUCGUAGCACUCGAUUGUUUCUUUCUUGGAUGGUUUUGGGUGUGGGCGGUGUUCGAGUGUUGACGCGAUUACAGAGUGCUCGCUUGUACUAUACAACUGGAUUUAUACCCGAUCGUAACAAUGUAACCUAUGCUUUAUUGUGUUUUAUUGACGUGAUGUACUUAGUACUGCUAGAUUUUACUCGAGCCUCCAACGUGCC